ACCAACGCUCAGAUCUCGGACCAUUACAGCACCUGCAUCAAGCUCUCCUCCGAGAACAAAAUCACCACAAAGAAUGCCUUUGGCUUACACCUGAUAGACUACAUGACCAGUAUCCUGAAACAGAAGGACUCUGAACCCACCGACUUCAAGGUAGUGGCUGGCACGCUUGACGCCAGCGCGAAGAUUUACGCCGUGCGCGUGGAUGCGGUCCACGCGGAUACCUACAAAGUUCUUGGAGGUUUAGGCAAGGACUCGGCGCCUACGGAAAACGUGGCCAGCCCAGACAGAGACAGUCUGACUCCAGAGGCCGUCAAGAGAGUUCAGGCAAAGAAAAAACACUCGUUCAAAACCAUUGAGCAGAACUUGAAUAACAUCAACGUGUCGGAGGCUAAUCGCAGAUGUGAGGUUGAUCCCAUGUUCCAGAAAACAGCCAUGUCUUUUGACGAAUGCAGCACAGCUGGCAUUUUCCUCAUCGGGCUGCGCACCCAAAACUGCCACAGCGAGCUCCUCUUCGACUCCAUGAUCACGCCUCUCCCUUCGUCAGAGACGCUCAUGCUGCCAUCCUCUGAUCCUGUGAAAGUGAUGGAUUUAAAGGCCCUGCUAGCACAGUGCGUUGAAAAUCGCCCCAUCUGCUCCUCGCUGGCUGGUUUCCAGUUUACAAAGUGGGACGAAGAAUCCCACGAUGAGUCAGUGGCAGCCCUGUUGGAUAAAUUUAAGAAGAGCGACCAAGCUUUCGAUAUCGAUGCGGAGAUGGACAGCGACGUGGAAGACUCUAUUCCCGAUGCGCCAGCUGACGACUUCAGUUCUGACUUCCCCAGGAGUACGGAUGCAGACAAGAUCGGGGGGUUCACAGAAAACCUCAAGUCCUUUGAGACAGACAGCAAGAAAACUGAUCCGGUUCCUUUCGGAGAAGGAGACAUCGGGAGCAUGUGCCUUCAUCUCUCCAUGAAGCCAGGGGAAUACUCCUACUUCAGCCCCCAAACGCUGUCCAUGUGGGCCGGCCCAGAGCACUGGCGUUUCAAACCUCGACACAAAUUUGAGGCUGGCUCCGAAAAAGAGCGCAAGAAAAGGAGGACGAAGAAAACAUUUGAAAUAAACUUCGAUGAAGACAUUGACUUUAAGUCAUAUUUCUGUAAGUCCAAGGUGUCUGUAACUCUAGCCAAAUCCAUUCUGGAGACCCACAAUGUGAAGAGCGUAACGCUUCCCACAGACUUCAACUACGAACCUAAAAACAUCGUCCAGCUGUUCCUCAAACCAGCUGUUAAGCUCUGCAGGAUGUUUGAGCCAGACAACUUGUUGGAUCAUGAAGAUAAGAUCGGCGAGUACGAUUACAACAACCCCAACGACACCUCCAAUUUCUGCCCCGCGUUGCAGGCUGCAGAGAGCGAUGACGAUAACGACCCCGUUCGGUUCAUGGGCCAGAUGGGGGAGUUCAACCUCACCGCCCACCCCGAGGGUCACGACGCUGAGGCCAGCGUGAUCAUGGGCAACGUCGAUACCACGGCGUACGGAGAGCUGAACCUCAUCGCCGAGCCCCAGAAGGUCAACAAGAUAGCAAUUCAGUACGCCAAGACAGCCAAGAAAAUGGACAUGAAGAGGUUGAAGGAAAACAUGUGGAACCUCUUGACCAACGGGCAGAAGAAGAGAAAAGUGGCAGAGAUUGAAGAUGCACAGGGAGAGGACACGUCAGCGGUAGCAGGGGAGAAGGUCUUCAGCAGCAUCACGAAGGAACUGCAUCACAGGCUGCCUUCCGUGAUGGCUAACAACCUCUCCGCCCCCUUAGCCUUAGCCUGCCUCUUGCACUUGACAAACGAGGAGAAUAUGAAGCUGGAAGGUUUGGAGGACCUGUCUGAUAUCCUCGUGAAAAAGAAGCAUGAGCCCUACGCGGACCAGACCACGGAGGCUGACCCACAGGCCGGAGCCCGGUCUCCCAGCUGA